CUGGUGUAGAUAGCCUCCCUCAAGCUUCUCUACAGGCGGAUAAAGAUCGCCAUGGUUGCAAUUCAACUCCCAAUUCCCACCACCUAACUCUACGCUUUGACGUCAUGCUGCACCACAGCAUCGUAUCCAACAUGGGUAACCUGCAAGUAACGGUAACCUACCUGUAGCGUAGUCUCGCAACGUCGCAAGGGAGAAAACGGGAACUCCCUACGUUUAUAAACAACAUGCGCAAACACAAGCUCCGGAGGCGCUUUUGGUGCUUGGUAGAGGCUUGUCAACCAAACCGACAACAUGCGUCUCGCUCCGUUCCUGCAGCUUCUAGCCUUAGCCUCCGCGGUCGUAGCGACGAAUGCAUCGACUCGGGGUGUUUACGAUCUAGUGAAGAGAAGGCUGCCUUCGCAUGCUGAUGAUUUCAUCUUCACUCUGACCGAGACCAACACGACCGAGCCGACCAAUGACGAGUAUAGCAUAUCUACUGCAUACGGCGGGGCAAUUGCGAUCGAGGGAAACAGCAUCAGUGCCCUCACAACAGGUCUGCGUCGAUACUUUAACGACAUUGCCCAUGCGGACCUUCACUGGUUCAUUGGCAAUCGACUAGACACUGCUGCUUCUCCUCUACCUCGGCCAAACGCCACGAUCGUGGGAAAGAGCAUCGUGCCAUGGAGAUACUACUUCAACACAGUCACGUUCUCUUACACCAGUCCGUUCUGGACUUGGGAAGAUUGGGAGUAUGAACUCGACUGGCUUGCCCUGCGUGGCGUCAAUCUUCCUCUGGCUUGGGUUGGGUUCGAGAAGAUCCUUUUGGAUGUAUUCCGCGAGACUGGUCUCACUGACCCAGAAAUCUUGACAUUCUUCUCUGGCCCUGCCUUCCUGGCAUGGAAUCGAUUCGGUAACAUCCAAGGCUCAUGGGGUGGGGAGCUGCCGCUGGCAUGGAUCGAUUCCCAAUUCGAGCUCCAGAAGAAAAUACUGAAACGCAUGAUCGAGCUCGGCAUGACUCCCAUACUACCAGCAUUCACUGGCUUCGUACCUCGUGCAAUCCACGACAAAUUCCCCGAUGCGAACGUCGUGAACGGCAGCCGCUGGGAAGGGUUCGACUCACGUUAUACCAACACCACUUUUCUGGAGCCGUCCGAUCCCAUGUUCGCGGACCUGCAGGCCCGCACCAUUGGCAAGCAACUCGAGUACUAUGGCAACAUCACGCAGUUCUACACAUUGGACCAGUACAACGAGAAUGACCCUGCCUCGGGCGACCUAGAAUACCUCCGCAGCGUCACGGCUGGGACCUGGAAAUCACUGAAGGCGGCCAAUCCGGGAGCCGUCUGGGUGAUGCAGGGCUGGCUCUUCUACUCGAACCGCGACUUCUGGGACACUGAUCGCAUCUCCGCCUAUCUUUCUGGCGUCGAGGUCGAUUCCGACAUUCUCAUCCUAGAUCUCUUCUCCGAAAGCGAGCCGCAGUGGCAGAGAACGGAUAGCUAUUACGGCAAACCGUGGGUAUGGUGCCAACUCCACGACUACGGCGGCAACCAAGGCCUAUACGGCCAAAUCGACAAUGUCACCAUCAACCCGAUCUCCGCCCUACAGACCUCCCCCAGCAUGGUCGGAAUGGGCCUGACGCCCGAAGGCGAAGAAGGCAACGAAAUCAUCUACAGCCUCCUCCUCGACCAAGCAUGGUCGUCCACCCCCAUCGACACCGCCUCCUACUUCACCUCCUUCGUCCGCACCCGCUACAACGGCCCCAACAACACGAUUCCCUCCUCCCUCUACACCGCGUGGGAAAUCCUCCGCACAACCGCCUACAACAACACCAACCUAACCGCCAACGCGGUCCCCAAAUCCAUCCUCGAGCUGCACCCGCACGUCUCCGGCCUCGUCGACCGCAGCGGGCACCACCCAACAGCCCUUCACUACGACCCUACCCUCCUCGUCACCGCCCUCACACACUUCCUCUCCGCAUCCUCCACCGACGAAGCACUAUGGCAAAACCCAGCAUACCAACACGACAUCGUCGACCUCGCCCGCCAAGUCCUCGCCAACACUUUCCUCUCCACCUACACCUCCCUCCUCACCGUCUGGAACACCACCUCCCCUUCCCCCUCUACCAUCUCAACGCAUUCCGAAAUCCUAACAUCCCUCCUAACCACCCUCGACGCCCUCCUCUCCACCCUCCCACACUUCCGCCUCUCCACAUGGCUCGCCGCCGCCCGCGCCUCUGCCCCCGCGGGGGACGAGGAGGUGGCCGAUUUCUUCGAGUACACGGCGCGCAACCAACUCACGCUGUGGGGGCCCGAGGGCGAGAUCAACGACUACGCGUCGAAGCAGUGGGGCGGGCUCGUGGGCGGGUACUACCUCCCGCGGUGGGAGGUCUUUCUGGAGUACGUGGCGGGGCAUGGGCCGGGGGAGUAUGAUCAGGAGGAUGUGGUGAGGGGGGUGGGGGUUGUGCAGGAGGGGUUUCAGAGGGUUGGGGGAGCGGGGAUUGGGAUGGGGGAUGGGGAGGGGAGGAGUGUUAGGGAGGUUGUUGAGGGGGGUGUUGUGCAGGUGUUGGGGAGGGCUGGGGUGCUGUGA